AAUCACCGCGUUUCGGCGUGAGCAGAUUCGAAGGACGCUUUUGGACCACCUAAACGCGGGUUUUCGAUGCUUCGAUACCAUCGAUUCCUACGGUGAAGCAGAAAGCUUAUUGGGGGAUACCUUGGAUUCGUGGCUAAGCGAGCCAGGUCGCGGGUCACGGGCUGACAACAAAAUCCAAAUUUUCACACGGCUGGAC